CCACUCUGCCAACCCAGCCCAGAGCCUUGCCCCCAGCCCAGCCUGUCACAGGCACAACAUGCCUGUGUCAGUGCCUGUGUCAGUGCCUGUGUCAGUGCCUGUGCCUGUGCCUGUGUCAGUGCCUCUCAGCGUUGUCUAAAACCCAACCUGAUCGAACGCUCCACAAAACUGCCUUCAGCCUUCAGUGCGGAGCUUCACAGAGAAUGGAGCUCUUGUUUUACUCAACUUUCUGCGGAUUUUUAGCUUCCACAGGGCUUGGGUUUCAAAUCCAGUGUUAUCAGUGCGAAGAAUUCCGAUUAAACGAUGACUGUUCAUCUCCAGACUUUAUUGCAAAUUGUACAAUCAACGUGCAGGACAUGUGUCUGAAAGAAGUGAUUGUAAAAAGUGACGGAGUUAUGUAUCGAAAGUCUUGUGCUGCUUCUACAUCCUGCCUCAUUACAUCUGCGGGAUAUCAGUCAUUCUGUUCUCCAGGGAAGGUGGGAUCUGUGUGCAUCAGUUGUUGCAACACUCCGCUCUGUAAUGGACCAAGGCCUAGGAGGCGAGGAAACUCAGCCGCAACUUCAAAAGCCAAUCUAAAACUCUCUGUCACUGUUGGAAUACUCACAAUAGCAUUUCUAACAUAAACUCAUGUAUAAAAGAAAACAAACUGUGACGAGAAUCAUUACUGGUUUGGGAGUGCAGAAAUUCCUACCUUGCUUUGCUGCUAUCAUUACAAUAUUAAUUACUGACUAUUGUUAACUGAAAACACUGACUGGUUUUCUAAUUUUACUGCUAUAUUGAAACUUUAAGCGAUAUUAAAAAAAUGGCUUCAAAAUAAAUCACUGACAGCCCUUCGGAACCAUUUCAUAUUUUUUUCUUUGAUACAGUAAUGCUUUGUAGAAGUAUAAUGUCUCCAUUUAAAUGCAUUCCAUUUGUUUGUAGUGUUAGAUGUGACUAAGCCCUGUGAUAUUAGUUCCGGCCUACUAUCAGGGUUGUGCUUUGGGCCACUAUGCCCCGAAAUUCUGGAAAAUUCUCCCUUAAUCCC